AUGGGGUCCAUCCCGGAAUCUCCAACGAAGGAUGCAAUCCCUGGUAUCAUUGACAUUAGAACAGAUGCCGAUGGAAUCAACAUCAUGAACCUCAUCAAGUCUGGGCUGAACCAGCCAGAUGGCGUGGAGAAGACUUUGCCAACACUGUUGCUGUACGACAACAAGGGGCUCAAACUGUUUGAGGAGAUCACAUAUCUUGACCAAUAUUACUUGACAGGUCAAGAGAUCUAUGUUUUGGAGCGAUAUGCGGAUCGAAUUGCGGAACGAAUACCAAAUGGAGCAAUGGUCGUAGAGUUGGGCAGCGGCAACCUCCGCAAGGUCAAGCUGCUACUGGACGCCCUGGAACGUGCCGAGAAAGAUAUCUUCUACUAUGCCCUCGAUCUGAUGAAGUCUGAGUUGGAGCGUACGCUGGCGCAAGUGCCCACUGGCGCAUAUCACCACGUGAAGUGUUUUGGACUCUGGGGCACGUACGAUGACGGCUUGGAGUGGCUCAAGACGCCUGAGAACGUCGACAAGCCAAAGACGAUUUUAUCUCUUGGCUCCAGCAUUGGCAAUUUCACGCGCGAGGAAUCAGUCGGCUUCAUCAAGCAAUUCGCAGACAUCCUCAAGCCCGGCGAUACAUUAAUGAUUGGCCUGGACGCUUGCCAGGACCCAGGAACUGUCUACCAUGCAUACAAUGACAACAAAGGAGUUACUCACCAAUUCACCAUGAAUGGUCUGCAUCAUGCGAACAGACUACUUGGCCGCGAGGCUUUCCGUAUCGAAGACUGGGAAGCUGUUGGCGAGUACGACAAAGUUGGAGAGAGGCAUCGCGCAUACGUCGUUCCCAAGCGUGAUGUCGAGGUUGAAGGUGUGUUGUGCAAGAAGGGGGAGAGAAUUAACAUCGAAGAGAGCUACAAGUACAAUCAAGAACAGGCAGUGCACCUUUUCCGAGAAGCGCAUGUCCAUGAUGUCACCUAUUGGACGAAUGAGACCCACAGCUACGGACUACAUAUGUUACAGAAAACAAGCAGGAUGUUCGCAACAAAGCCAACGCAAUAUGCAAGCCACCCCGUACCGAGUGUGGAUGAAUGGGACGACUUGUGGGCUGUCUGGGACAAUGUCACACGACAGAUGAUCCCGGAUGAGGAACUCUUGGAGAAGCCAAUCAAGCUGCGCAAUGCCUGCAUAUUUUAUUUGGGACACAUUCCCACCUUCUUCGACAUGAAGCUCAGCGAGGCUACGGGAUUGGAGCCAACAGAGCCCAGCUAUUUCCGCAAUAUCUUCGAAAGAGGAAUCGACCCGGAUGUUGACAAUCCAGAGAAGUGUCAUGCGCACAGCGAGGUUCCUGACAACUGGCCAGAAUUGGAAACGAUUCUGAAGUAUCAGCAGAGCGUGAGAAAUCGCGUUCGACAGCUGUAUGAGUCAGGUCAGGCGUACAACGACAACUGGACCGGUCGCGCUCUCUGGCUCGGCUUUGAGCAUGAAGUCAUGCACAUGGAGACUCUGCUCUAUAUGCUCAUUCAGAGCGAUAAGACACGACCGCCGAAAGGCGUCGCGAAACCGGAUUUUGAGCAGCUGGCGGUUCACGCAAAACGACAGACUGUCGACAACCAUUGGUUUGACAUUCCGGAACAGACCGUCACCAUCGGUCUCGAAGAUCCGGAUAACGGUGAUGGACCAGUCCGUUACUUCGGAUGGGAUUGUGAGAAGCCCUCCUACAGCACGAAAAUCCAUGCCUUCAAGGCCGCGGGUCGGCCUAUCACGAACGGCGAAUAUGCUCGUUAUCUGAGCGAGACGAAGCAUGACGGCAUCCCUGCAUCAUGGCAAUCCGACCGCACGGAACGUGCCGACAGCGGCAACCCUGAUCUAGACCAGAACCUGAACGACUUCAUCAUUGGCAAGGCUGUGCGUACUGUCUAUGGACCGGUACCACUCAAGCUCGCGCUCGAUUGGCCGGUAUCUGCUUCGUACGACGAGCUCAACGGCUGCGCCCAGUACAUGGGCGGACGCAUUCCGACUUACGAGGAGACUCGAAGCAUUUACGAGUAUGCUGCCGUUCUGAAGAAGCGCGACGCAGCAAGCAAGAACACACAGAACAUCCCGGCGGUCAAUGGUCAUCUCGUCAAUGAUGGUGUCGAAGAGACACCGCCAUCGUUAUUCAAGCCCACGGUCAAUGGUGUCUCCAAGAAGGAUCCAGUCACCGAUCCCAGCGAGCUGUACGUUGAUCUGAGUGAUGCCAACGUAGGUUUCAAGCACUGGCACCCUUUACCUGUUACCCAAGAUGGCAAUAAGCUUGCUGGUCUGGGUGAGAUGGGUGGCCUCUGGGAAUGGACUAGUUCUGAGUUGGAGAAGCGCCAAGGAUUCGAGCCAAUGAAGAUGUACCCAGCAUAUUCUGCGGACUUCUAUGAUGGCAAGCACUACAUUGUGCAGGGUGGAUCAUGGGCUACCCACCCACGUUUUGCCGGACGGAAGUCUGUUAUCAACUGGUAUCAGCGGAACUAUCCUUUCGUCUGGGCUGGAGCGCGUUUGGUGAAGGACAUCUGA